AUGCCGCCAGGAACGAAGGUGUUGUCCGCGGAGGCUUAUGGCACAUCUAACUGGGCAAAGACGGCAAAGCUCUCGGUCGUUCUACCCGAUGGGAAACGAAAGAGAUUUUUCUUGAAGUGCGCCAAGGGGAAAGGGGCUCGAGCCUUGGCUGAAGGCGAAUAUCACUCUGCAUCUGCCAUCAAUGCUGUAGUACCCGGAUUGGUGCCCAACCCAUCAGGAUGGGGCGAGUAUGGCGUGGACGGAUCACAAGUGUAUUUCUUUCUAGGAGACUUCCACGACAUGGAGCUCUCUGCGCCUCCAGAACCGGUCGACUUCACGGCUCGAAUAGCGGAAAUGCAUCGAGGCACAUCUCCAAAUGGGAUGUUUGGAUUCCCGGUCCCCACAGUGGUCGGCGUUAUGGAACGUACAGUGACCUGGGAAAAAAGCUGGGCCAAAUCUUUCACCCAUCAACUGAAAGACGUCAUUAGGUACGACAAUGAGACAAACGGUCCGUGGCCGGAAUAUGAUGCAGCUUGCCGCCAGCUUAUCGAAGUCGUUAUCCCACGACUGUUGGGAGCGUUGCAGUCAGAUGGCCGUGACAUUGUGCCGGCGCUGGUGCACGGCGACUUGUGGGAACAGAAUGUCGGGAUAGACAUGGGGACGGGCAACACAAUUGUCUUCGAUCCUAGAUGCACCUAUGCCCAUAAUGAGAUGGAGUUUGGCACAUGGAGAUGCUCCUGGGCGUUUCACUUCAAUUCUCCAACAUACAUGCGCCUUUACCAACAACAUAUCCAACCCUCAGAACCGGUGGAGGAAUGGGACGACCGCAACCGACUGUACAGCAUCCACCCCUACUUGACCGACUCGGCCGGACAUCCAGGGAGUAUGUCGAGGGAAUUAGCCUACAACGAGAUGCUGUACCUGUGUGAGAAAUAUGGCCCUCUCGAAUCACUUGAGCGAUACGACCCCGAGAAGGACAUCAGUGUCACCGGCGCAUAUACCCCGUUCGUCAUAAAUCAGCUCGAUGAAAACCAGGAUCGCAUUCAAACUAUAGAGGCAGUUAGGUAA